AUGAGUGGCAAUUAUAGUUAAGCUUAGAAAUAACUCUUCCUAUCCAUUUUAUUCACAUUAGCAGCUCUAUCAACUAAUGUAAAAGGUGACUGUCCAGCGGCAACACCGCCAGUUCUUAAAGUUCCUCAUGGUCAAUACUAAUUGAAUGCAACUAUUUACUAUUAGCAAAAUGGAGGAGAUAUUCAACCAUUAAUCCCCUAAGAUAAUGCAAGUCUUGUUUCUAUAUUUAGCGUUAGCGAAGAUAUUGUUGGGUAGGAAAUAAUAUUGGGAGUAGCUUAUAUCCAAUUGGAGGGUGGUUACAAUGCUAAUUUAGCCGGAAUUAAAGUUGAUUUUGGGGAACUAUAAGGAGACGGAUAUAUCAAUGAUUAUAUUCCUGGGAUUGAUUGCUGCCGCUUCAAUAAAUCUUAAGGCCACAUUCCUAAAGAUCAAAAUUAUUCUUACUACAAAGAGCAAAUUUUUAACAAUUCUGUGUUUUCUGAGAUUAAGUAAGUUCCUGCGUCAGAUUAUCUCAAUGAUUCUACUUGCUACUUUGUUUUUAACGCAUCUUUUUUCAUUGAAUUGGUGAAAACUGAUAUCAAAUUUUAUGUAGAUAAAGAAGGAGACUUGAAAUAUAUUUUGUUAGAAAAUGAAGAUGGAGUAGGAAAGAUUUUCUAUAUCAAAGUUUUAUCAGAAGGUUUUUUUUAAGCAUAAUAUGAUCCAGACUAAUUUAAGCCAUCUAAAAAACCGAAAUGCUAAAGAAAAUAAUGUGAUCUAAUAUGGAGAUCUCAUACUUUUUCAAAAGGGGAUUCUUUCAAGCUUUAAACUGAAAUUAUAUAAUGA